GCCCAGCGGCCGCGGGGCGCCGAGCUCACCUUCGAGCUGCCGGACAACUCCAGGCAGUGCUUCCACGAGGAGGUGGAGCAGGGCGUGAAGUUCUCCCUGGAUUACCAGGUCAUCACUGGAGGCCACUACGAUGUUGACUGCUAUGUGGAGGACCCUCUGGGGAACACCAUCUACAGGGAAACCAAGAAGCAGUACGACAGCUUCACGUACCGGGCUGAGGUCAAGGGCGUUUAUCAGUUUUGCUUCAGUAAUGAGUUUUCCACCUUCUCUCACAAGACCGUCUACUUUGACUUUCAAGUGGGCGACGAGCCCCCCAUUCUCCCAGACAUGGGGAACAGGGUCACUGCUCUCACCCAG